AGACUCACAGCCAAAAGAAAAGUAUCGUGUAAAUGGCGAGUGCAUUUCGUUUGUUUAUGGUGAAAAUUUCUCUGAUUUAUAUUGUUUUAUCAAUGCAUUUGUGAGGAAAAAUUGCAUCAAUUUAUAGUUUGUGCUCUGUUUUUCAACGUUCACGUAAAUUUUGUCGGUUUCAAGUGCGUUUCGGGGGGCAAAUUUACAGAUUCCUCCACCCUUUGAAUAGCUGCUGCCUUUUGCAGACGCAUUCAGUUUUCGUUCGAACAAAAGCUCAGUGCCGUGUUGUGGACUGAAAGGCGUUUAAAGAGCCACUGAAGUGCGACAGGACGGGAAUCCGAACCGUCCCAGCGAAAAACAACGAUUAUUCGGAACUGAAAUGGUGCGGACAGUGAGUGAACGCUUAUCGAGGAAGCAACAGGCAGCAUCUAGCAGCGCUGGUGCAUCGGGUGGUAGUAAUCGCUUCUACUACGACAUUGUAACGAUGGGAUCGCGGAAUCGAGUGCCUUCCCAGCAGAUUCGGGACGACUUUCUGCUGGAGACCAACUUUGACGACGAUGGGACACUGACCAGAGCCUACAAUACCCUGAACAACAACAACGGAAACGGAAACGACAUUGGCCAGCAACCGCAGCACAGAGCCCCUAGUAGACGGAGCCUCACCUAUCGGUCCAACUUAUCAGUGGAUCGGUACUCUGAUAACACCAUACAUGGAAGGCGCUCGAAAGGAGACUGCUGCAAAUCAUGCCUGACCCGGAUACCGUACGCUACGUUGAUAGCGACGGUCAUGUGCCUUAUCGGGGUGGCCAUCUUUUGCGGUACAAUGUACCGCGGUACCUCGCUCGCCAUCAUCAUGCUCGACCAGGUCUUUCAUCUGCGACUUUUGUGGAUUGAAGCAGUUCAAAUGAUCUUCGUGGUGAUUGGUGCCUCGAUGGCCGCCCUCGGACUGAUGAUUCUGUUUGUCGGAUUCCUGGCUACCGGGGCCACCCGGUACAAGGUCUAUAGGGCGUGGGGCUCCCGCGUUGGUGGCCGCAUUUCCUGUGCGGUCUUCAUGGGCAUAACGUACGUGCUGAAGAUCGUGUGGAUCGUGAUCUUAUGCUUCCUGAGCAUCGUCACGUUUAUGUUUACCGUGUUCUGGAACAUGUGCGAGAAUCCGAAUGUGCAAUCGCACCGGAACUGCAUCGAUUUGACGCAGUUUUACUUCAUGUUCCCAGCGGGCGUCAAACAGGAGGACAUGAACAUCUGUGAACAGAGCAAGGUGAAGGCAUUCUGUAAGGAUGGCGUCGAGAAGUGCGAGAUUAUGUUUAUCCUGGCGACGGUCAGCUGUCUGCUGAUCAUCCUUAGCUUGGUGCACUACUUGAUGUGCCUUGCGGCUAACUAUGCGCACAUUCGGGAUCACGAGAAGUUCCAGGAGCUGCAGGAGAUUCAGAAUCUAACCGAGAUGGAGUACACGGCGUCAUCCAAGGAUCGGUUCUAGGAUACGGCCCAGGAGAUUUAUAUUGAGCACAGCGCCUGAUGAUGGCCGACGUCAUCAUUUGGCGGAGCUAUACGAGCAGCUUACGUUUAAGUUUACGUAACUAUCUGUAAAGUCUGGAGCCUAAGUUGUUCUUAUUUGUUUUUUCGCCGUAGUCGUGGUAAGUCUUUAUACUAGAUUUAAGUUGUUUUCGGGCCGUAUUUUCCUCAUGCGAAAUUUUGCGACAAUGGGUUAAUGCUGUCCAUUCUGCGUAAGUUUAUCCGUCCGUGGCGUACAACUAUAGCUUCAUUAGUUAUCGCAAUCAUUCCAAUUCUCUAGACUGGACCUGCUCAAUAUAGGUACUCCUGGAACCAUCAAGAAGUAUAACGAUCAAAAUGCAAUACCCAAGAACAGAAGAACAAUCAGAAACAUUUGCAACAGCACAAAUAGCAGUAACACAAAGGCUGACAUUCGAGUUAGAGAAGAUAGACAUGAUACUAGGCUGACAAUAAAACAGUAGAUUUGUUCAUAACCACUUUGUCACCCGUUCACAAGAACCAUCUAGCAAAAGUUUCAAUGCACAACAUUUUUCUUUCGACAAACCUUCAGGAAGAAGACAACUGGAAACAUAUCUUCUCUAAACAUGACCGAGAGACACAUAGACACAGCCUCUGAAACUUAAACUUUCCCGACCUCUCUGACACACCGUGUGAUAUCGUAGAAACCGCAGUAUAGUAGCAGAUAACGAAAUGAAAAGGACUCUAUUUUUGUAGUAUGAUUAUCCAACUUAAAGAGCGUAUUUAAUGCUAGAGAUCCAUCCCGUAGUAGCUCCUCACUUAUAUACAUCUAAUCAUAAUCCAGAUCCAAUCAUUCGCUACCCACGCCAAUAUUUUACGGAAAGGAAACGUACUCAUCGGUUAGUAGGAAAAAUUGAAGAAUGAGAAUAACUUUAGAUAGAAGAAUCAGAUUCGCCGCGUUGCGAAUCCCUGAACUGGAUACUGAACUGUGCGGCUUCGGUUUACGCAAAUCGUAACUUUAGGUCUCUAAUUCAAACGCAUAGAUGUGUACAAUCCAUCAACAAACAUACAAAUCAUAUAAUUCAUCAUCAAUCAUUAUUGUCUAUAAUCGCAUUUAUCAUUCGUAAUCCAUUUGUAUUUGAUCAACCUGACAGAAACGUAUCAUCACUACCUAAUCAAUCGAAACAAUUAUCCCUAUCAGUAUUCAUUAGAUAAAUCAUUGAACAAACCAUUUGUCAUUCCAAUUAAACCAUUGCUAUCUUUAUAACAAACUUUGCUUAUUCCAGAAUACUUCUGGUCCUCAUUUGCUAGGAGCGUUUGUGAAUCGUUUUUCGUUCAUAUUGUGUCUCUGUUAGUCGUUAACACUUUCAUCCCUCUCAUGCUUACACGACCUCCCAAGGAUGCCACAAGCGUUUUGAACUAGAAGUUCGCUUUUUCCCGCUAGUUAUCAAUCGCUUAAUUGCUCUACCGUUCUAUAUAACUUAACUUGUGUCGGUCUCAUCGUUGCACACCAUUCAAAUAACCCAAUUC